CAACUCAACUCACCUCUCUUCUCUUUGGAGCUUGGAGGCCUUCAUCCUAGAUGCUUUAGGCAGCCUAGGAGGUGUAGAAAGGUUAGGGGGAGAGUGAGGAGGAGUCGGGGGAAGUGCCGGGCUUGUCGGCGCUCUUCUCCGCUUGUACCUCGAUGGAUGCUUAUUCGGUUGUAAGUGAUUAGAGUUUCGUUGUAAGUUAUUAUUUUUGCCUUAUAUAAGUUGAGUGUAUGCGUAAGAGUAGCAUUUGAUUCUAAUUUAAGACCCCGGAUAGAAAAGGCUAGUCUUGGCCAGGGCUAGGAUUAGUAGGUAAUAGCGUAGACGUGUUGUCUAGGUUAGACUAUACCACUCAGUUGUCUGGUACUCCCACAGUUUGUAGAGGUAGCUGGCAGAUGGUGACAGCCCUGUUCGAACCCUAGUAAUCCUCCAUGUUUGGAUAUUGGAUAGAGCAUUAUUAUUGGAGAUAUCGGCUUGUUUAAACCGGUCGAAACCAGUAGCUCGAAGUAUAAUGGCGAAGUAUCUCUUCCUCUAAAUACAGAUUCUAAAUCUUAGAAAGUCCUCUCUGUUCUACCCCUUUUGCACCAGUGUGUGUGUCAUUGGAUGAGCCUGAACCCGUAGAUAGUGUACUCAUGUUCCUCAGUGAAUACGAUACCCUGGAAUACUCCUCGAUGAAAGCUACAGCGGUAUCCUUGCGCUUGCAGAUUUUAUUUAUGACGUUACAAAGUAUCAACAAGAUUUCUAGCGUGGUUGCUGAGUAAUGGUAGCUACAUUAUCUUCGGACUCAAUCAUCCUUGUAUCUUAUUCUUUUUCUUUGAUUCUACCUCAACCCCCGUUAUCCAUGGAGCAACUAUCCAUUCAAUAGCUCUCUUCACCCAAGAGCGAGUUCUAUGAGCCAGCGCCUCCCGCUGACCCAAUUCUUUCCACCAGCUAUGAACUCGCUCAGGCUUUAUAGCCUUAGUUCAGGAAAAUUCCUUUUCAGGAAUGGAUUGUGAAAAUCCCUACCAUUAUCUGCGUGAAUUUGAGCAAGUGUGCUCAUGCUUGAAAAUUUCAGGCAUGACACACGAAACUCUUAAAUGGAAGUUGUUUCCUUUAUCUCUUUCGGAGGAGGCAAAACAAUGGUACAUUUGUGUCAUAGAUGUGUGAACAGAAGUUGGAUUGAACUUCGCAACAGAUUAUGUUCUGCGUUCUUCCCACUUUCGCGAAUUGUGCCGUACGAACAUAAAUUUUAACUUUUCGUCAGAAUGAUAAGGCACUGACUUGUCAUUACCCGAGCAUUUAUUGCUCCUGUAUUUUUAUGAUGGUCUUGACAAGGAGUCUGCACACCAUCUCGACCUCACUUCUAGAGGAUCUUUUGCUCAUCUUACCCCAUCCGAAGGUAGGGAAGUCUUUAAUAAAAUUUUGGACAGAACCUCUUUCGUUUGUAUCCACAAGCCAGUUCCAACAGAACCCGAGAUGUGUCAUGAGAAACCUUUAGAGAUUGGAUUGGAACAUUUAGAAAACCAAUCAGUAGAUUCAACUCCUAAGGACUCUCCUGAACUUAAACCCGAAACACCAGAGGAAGUGGAUUUCGAAGAUUUCGGCAACACCUCAAGAUAAUUCUGUUAGAAGCGACCAUCGAUCCCUGUCACUCCUACGAUCCCUUAGAUGAAAACUAUCUUCGGGAGACAAUUCAAGAGUUGACAAUGUUGAUAAGCAACGAUUGGCUGCAGGAAGGAGAGUCAUCUUUUACCCUAAUUCAUCUUAACUCCUCUUCCUCGUCAUUCCGUUGUCGUCUACGAGAUCAAGAUGUGGACGCUCUCUACAAUCCUACUGUCAGAGCUAAUCUCAUGUCAAAUUAGUUUGCUUUAGCCUUUUUGGGCAACAACAAGCUCCCUACGACAAAUAGACAGCUCAAGAGACCAUCAGGUUCUCUUACAAGCAGCUAUGGGAUACUCACUGAUGUGCCAUUUUGGCACGAUGACGUUAAGGUCCGACUGAACUUUCAUGUCUUCGAAGAUCUCAACUUUGAUUUUGUGAUAUGGCAUCCCCUUAAAGAUCUCUUUAAGGAUGUUCCUAAAGAUGGAUUCCUAACCAUCAAGUUAAGGAAGGACACUCACCAUAUCCCCAUGGAUCGAUCAUUAAAAUUCUCAGUGGAGGAUCCCCCUACUCCAGAGUUAAUAGAAGAAAUCAUGGCCACUUCCACUUUCGAGUCUUUCGACUCAAACCUCAAGGAGGAUAUUGAGGAGAUUUCAGAAUAAGUCAUUGAGGCAGAUGAAGACUCUGAUGAGACUUUUGAACUGCCCGAGACCGAAAAGCCAUCACGACCUCUGAUUGAGCUGAAGCCUUUACCUUCUGGGCUUAGAUAUGCUUUCCUAAAUAGCGAUGUAGAGUCUCCAGUGAUCAUUAGUGACAAACCCUCAGAAGAGGAGACACACAUGCUCAUCGUCGUCUUAGAAAAGCACCAAUCAGUCUUAGGCUAUACCUUACAAGACCUCAAGGGCAUCCGUCCCGCUCUUUGCACUCACCGAAUCCUUUUGAAUCCCGAAAUAGCACCUUCUAGGGAACCCCAUAGAAGAUUGAACAAUGCUAUGAGGGAGGUAGUGAAGAAAGAUGAUGAGGACAUCACUAUGCUGGACACGCUCUUGCCAUGGUCUUCCCCAAGUUACAAGUCAUCGUCAACUCGGUCAUCGCGUUCGUCUCAGAUUCAGCCGACACCCCUGCACAGUUUCGGUGAUAUCUCCCUCAUAUGGCGUCCAAAUGAGUUGAUCUUGGAUGCGUUGGAAUCGUGACGAUGAGAAGCUUCUUUUGGUUCUGGUCCCAGAUUUAGAAACCUCAUGGAUAAUUCCGUGUGACCAUGGAAAUAUGCUGUGUCACCUAUUUUGGGCCUUCUCAGGCUUUGUAUCGUGUUGGGCCUUAAGCCCAUGUUGUGGGCGCCCCCCACCUAGUCACCUCCAACCCUAGGUCGCCCCUAAUCACUAAAACUCAGUAGCCUCCACUGUUUAGACUCAGAUUUUGUUUAGUUCUUGUGUUUUCCAUAGAGGAACAUAGACAGCAUCGUUGUAUCUGUGGCGACAAAUCCUUAUACAUUGAUCCAGGGCCCCCGUUCUUGAUCUCCUCCACUGUGUUGAUUAGUCCUUUGGAAUUGAGUUCUUGAACCCCUUUUGUGAUUCGCUUCAUCCAUAUUUGCAAUAUUAGAUUAUCAGAUUGUGUGUUUGCAUCUUCUUGCUUGUGUCCUUCGAUUCGUUUGCAGGAAAAGCCUUCUCGGCGAGGUCAAUCAAGUUGUGCUUGGUUGAUAACCAAUGGAGUAGUGGUGUAGCGGUUGCAGGGUUCGAAUCUUGCCGAUUUGAAACUAGAUCAUCAACAUCGAGUUCUCCACCAAUCGAACAUACCUUUACCUCUCGGAAGAUCGGGCCUAGUCCUCAUACAGUGGAAUCAGAGCUGGACCCUUGUUUAAGGGGGCGGGAAUGAUGCGGACAUCCUCCACUAUUACCCGCUGGCAAAGACGCAACAAAAAAAUGGGCCAAGUGGCCCAGUUGUAGUCGGGCGGCAACCGUGUGAGCCUUUGAAUAAUCCCACCUUGCUUAGCUUGGGAGGAGAAAGCCACCUUAAAAGAGAGAGUCAUUCUUCCCCUAUAAGACUAGUCUUUUAGGGAGAUUGGGCCUUUCUUCGAGUGAGUGUGCACUAAGAACUGUUGGGAUCUGGGCAACCUUAAUUUAUUGGGCCUCGGCCAACCCCACCUAGGCCAGAUGUAUCAUUUGGCAAAAAGAUUAAAAACAAGUGCAUAGAGUGUUGUUUUGCUUGUUCUUUGAGCUUUAUCCACCGUCUUUUGAUCCUACUUGUUGUGCUACGCCUAGGACACAUCUUAGCCAGCAAUUGUGACUUGUACUUUGGAUACUUAUUGAACUUUGCUGCUCUGCAUUCGUUAUUUACUACUCCUUGCUACAUAUUGUGCCUAUCCCACAGCUCCACUUAUACUUUGGUCAGUAUAGGUUCAUCUUGCAACUGUUACGCCCAGCUCGACAAUAGAUUGUACUAUCCUAUUUAGCUUUGGUAAGAACACUUGCAAAAUGGUGGUAAGCUGCUUGAGAUUUUGCACCCCACUUUCACCACCACCCAGUAGUUGUUAGUUGAUAGGGAUAAUACCUCGGUGUUGUCUUUUGCUAUCUUCUAACCAUGACAGGGUCAGGAAAACAAGGGGAGUCUCCCUUGGACUUCAACAAAUGUUUCUCCAAGGAUGAGCUUAAGAAACUUGUUGAUGACCAGCGCCCCCUACAUCGACGCAAUGGAUUGGUCACCCGGAUUGAGCAUGUUGAACAACACCCCCCCCCCCCGACAGCGACACCAACGCCAACCUCAUGAUGGUGAUGAGGACGAGGAUGAGGAUGCCAUCCUUGAUGACGAUCAGGAUCGUGAUGCGUACCGUCUUCGGCGCAAUCGUCAAGGCAGAACGGAAAGUACAGGGACGCCGCAAAGACCAACUUUCUUUUAAGUCCAACAUUGGGAGAUCAUUUCUGCAGCAUUCCGAUGUUGAGAAGCCCAAGGCGCCUGUUGCUAAGCCACCAACAACAACACCAGCUCCUACGCCCGCUUCUGAGGUAAGCAAUGUGUCUAGUGUGCAGAUCCAGCCACACAAGAAGCAUACUACUUUGGAAAAGGGUCCAAGUACUCGCACUUUCAUCGCUGCACCUGAUGGUAAUGGAUAUGUAAGUACUAGUGAUGUUGAAGAUGAUUUGGUUAUUGCAGCUAACAGUGUUGUAGAUUCGGAGGACGAUAAGGGUGAGGCAAUUGAUUCCGUGGCUACAAAGGGGGAUCUUCCUAGUCUUCUUGUGCAGUGUGUGCUGAGUUCUAAAGCGGAACAUGAGGAUGGGGAGAAGCUCCAAUGCACGAAUUUGUUCCACAUGUUUCUCAAAGUCAAGGAUUACGGUGUUCUCACCAUAAUUGAUAGCGGGAGUUGUAGCAACUUGGUAUGGAGGAUAUGAAGGCAAACCUGCUUCUCAUAUUUUGCUAAGUCGAAGAUUGGAUCC